UUCUCUAAAAUGGCCAACUAUUACAGACGUAAAAAGGAUGCGGUAUUCCACAAUGCCAAGCCCAUCAACAGUGGCAAUGCCCAGGCGUAUUUGUACGGUGUGCGCAAGUACUCCAUUGGCCUGGCCGAGCGUUUGGACGCUGACUACCAGCCGCCACCCAAUGAAAGGAAAAAGAGCUCGGACAGCACGGCCUCCAAUAAUCCAGAAUUUACGCCAAGCGUUUUCUAUAGGAAUAUUGCGCCUGUAAAUUGGUUUCUGCGCAUCAUUGGUGUCCUACCCAUUGUCCGACGUGGUCCGGCCCGUGCCAAGUUCGAAAUGAGUUCGGCCUCGUUUGUCUACUCGGUGGUGUUCUUCAUGCUGUUGGCGUGCUAUGUGGGCUAUGUGGCCAACAAUCGCAUUCACAUUGUACGCUCGCUGAGCGGCCCCUUCGAGGAGGCGGUGAUUGCGUAUCUGUUUCUGGUCAACAUUCUGCCAAUUAUGAUUAUACCGAUACUGUGGUACGAGGCGAGGAAGAUUGCCAAGCUCUUCAACGACUGGGAUGACUUCGAGGUGCUGUACUAUCAGAUCUCCGGGCACAGCCUGCCGCUGCGUCUGCGCCAGAAGGCGCUCUACAUUGCCAUUGUGCUGCCCAUUCUGUCGGUGCUGUCGGUUGUGAUUACGCACAUUACCAUGUCCGAUUUGAACAUCAAUCAGGUGGUGCCGUACUGCAUUCUGGACAAUCUGACGGCCAUGCUGGGCGCUUGGUGGUUCCUGAUUUGCGAGGCCAUGAGCAUCACGGCUCACCUGCUGGCGGAGCGUUUCCAGAAGGCGCUCAAGCACAUUGGUCCCGCCGCCAUGGUGGCCGACUAUCGCGUCCUCUGGCUACGGCUGAGCAAACUCACGCGGGACACGGGCAAUGCCAUGUGCUAUACGUUUGUGUUUAUGAGCCUGUAUCUGUUCUUCAUCAUCACCCUGUCGAUUUACGGCCUGAUGUCGCAGCUGUCGGAGGGAUUCGGCAUCAAGGAUAUUGGACUGACCAUCACGGCUCUGUGGAACAUUGGUCUGCUGUUCUACAUCUGCGAUGAGGCGCACUACGCCUCGGUGAAUGUGCGCACCAAUUUCCAGAAGAAACUGCUGAUGGUGGAACUCAAUUGGAUGAACUCGGAUGCCCAGACGGAGAUCAAUAUGUUUCUGCGUGCCACCGAAAUGAAUCCCUCGACCAUCAACUGCGGCGGUUUCUUCGAUGUGAACCGGAGCCUGUUCAAGGGUCUGCUCACCACAAUGGUCACGUAUUUGGUGGUGCUGCUGCAGUUCCAAAUAAGUAUACCCACGGACAAGGGCGACUCGGAUGGCGGCACAAAUGUCACAGUGGUGGACAUGCUCAUGGAUAGUCUGAGCAAUGAUAUGACUCUGGUGAGCGCCACAGCAAGCACAGCCACCACAAAGCCAACGGCUGGCACUAAACAGGGUCGUGGGCAUAGGGGAUAG